UAUGAGAUGGGGCUCAAAGAGGAGAAAUUCUAGGGGGAAAAGGGUGGGGUGAAUUACAACUUGGGAAGCCCAGCUGGGUAACUUUCUGGGCAUAACUGGGCUAGUUCUGACUUGGGUUUGGAGCUGGGGAAGGAUGGGAGGGUGAAGCUGGGAGGCAAAUUUUCAGAGGAAGGUUUAACUCUUGUCUAGGGCCUAGAGCUAUUUCCAUCUUCGGCUCCAGAGUUUCUGGUUUCUGUUCAAGGACAAAUGGCACAGCAUAUCUUCCAAGAUCAAGAACAAAGGACCUCUAGGCAGCAGAAUAGAAAAUCCACUGAUGACACAAUGAGACCAAAGGAAAUACAGCUAAUAAUCACUGAAGCCCUGUGGGACCAAGUGUUAAUGGCCUUUAGGGAUAUACAAAAGGAGCUGCAGGAAGAUGCUCGGAUUCGAGGGAUGAGCAACUGCUCCAUGACACCCAGGUCAUCUACAUCCUGGACUGGAAGUGUUGGGCCUCCAGAUUCUGGGAUGGUCCUAAAUUUGAGAAGCACUGGAGAACAGCCAUCGAGGGUCCACCCCCACAACUUAAGAAGAUAGUUCUCUGAUCAAUCAGCUUUCUGACCUGGACCCUAGCCCUACAAUCAAGAAAGGAAGGCCUCUUCUGCUUCUGCCAGGGCACAGCUUUGGUUGCCUGAAAAGGAGAAGUUAUUAGGCAGACAUCACCACUGCCCAGAAGAGAAAGUGAUAUUCAUGGGCAGAGAUGCCAGGAUCUAUGGCUGCACCUGGGAACUUGGAAACU